AUGGCGCCCCCCACGCGCCUCGCUUUACCGCUGUUAGUUUCGGCCUUGGUGCUGCUGGUCCUUCUUCCGGUGUCGGCACAGGAGGUCCCGAGCGGCGGCAGCAGUGUAAACGGCUACAGCCUGCACCCGCCGUACUUCAACCUGGCCGAGGGCACCAAGAUUACAGCCACUGCUACCUGCGGGGAGGACGAGGCUGGGAAGAGCGUACCGGACCUCUACUGCAAGUUGGUUGGCGGCCCGGUGUCCGGAGACCCGGGUCAGACAAUCCAGGGCCAGUACUGUGACAUCUGUCGCCAUGGUGACAGUGACCGCGCCCAUCCCAUCACCAACGCCAUUGAUGGGACAGAGCGAUGGUGGCAGAGCCCGCCAUUGUCACGCAGCACCGAGUUCAACCAAGUCAAUGUGACGCUAGACCUCGGACAGCUCUUCCAUGUAGCCUACGUGCUCAUCAAGUUCGCCAACUCUCCUCGUCCAGAUCUGUGGGUCCUGGAAAGGUCAGUGGACUUCGGGCAGACAUACCAGCCAUGGCAGUACUUCUCCUCCUCCAAGCGAGACUGCAUCGAGCGCUUCGGACAGCAAACCAUCGAGAGGAUCUACAGUGACAAUGAUGUCAUUUGUACCACUGAAUAUUCCCGAAUUGUUCCUUUGGAAAAUGGAGAGAUUGUGGUAUCACUUGUGAAUGGACGCCCUGGAGCAAUGAACUUUUCUUACUCCCCCGUUCUGCGUGACUUCACCAAAGCCACCAACAUCCGCCUGCGCUUCCUGCGUACCAACACUCUUCUCGGACACCUAAUGGGGAAAGCACUGCGAGAUCCCACUGUCACUCGCCGGUACUACUACAGUAUCAAGGACAUCAGCAUUGGUGGACGCUGCGUGUGUAAUGGACAUGCUGAAGCAUGUAGUGCUCAGGACCUCAACGACCCAUACAAGCUACAGUGCGACUGUCAGCACAACACCUGCGGUGCAUCAUGUGACCAGUGUUGUCCCGGAUACCACCAGCUACCGUGGAAACCGGCCACCACUUUCAGUGCCAAUGAUUGUGAACCAUGCAACUGUCAUCGGCACUCGUUCGACUGCUUCUACGAUAGUGAUGUAGCUGAGCGCCAUGGCAGCCUCGACAUCCAUGGACAGUACAGAGGGGGCGGAGUCUGCCUCAACUGUCAGCAUCACACCACUGGCGUUAACUGUGAGCGCUGUGCCCUUGCCUACUAUAGAGCGCCAGACACUCCCAUUGACUCACCACUGGCUUGCGCACCAUGUGACUGUGAGUCUCCAUUCAUGGAUGGUACUUGUGAGGACCUUACAGGGCGUUGCUUCUGCAAAGAAAACUAUGUUGGCGACAACUGCGACCAGUGUGCUGAUGGCUUCUUCAACUUCCCGGAGUGUUACCCUUUUCCAACGUAUCCUGGCAACAACAAUGGUGAGGUCAAACCAGCUGGAGAAAUUAUCAACUGUGAGUGUAGCGCUGCUGGCACCAUUGACAACUCUUGUAGACCUGACCCACAAAGCAGAAGAUGUGUGUGCAAGCCCGGCUUCACUGGCAACCACUGUGACAUAUGUGCGUCGGGCUUUCACGGACUCAACUGCCAGGCGUGUCAGUGUUCAGGUCCGGGUUGCCUGGAUGGUUCGUGUGACUCUAUCACUGGUCAUGGCUUCUGUCGCAGUGGUUUCCAUGGUUAUAAUUGCGACCAAUGUGCACCAGGCUACUUCAACUACCCACUCUGUGAAUUAUGUGGUUGCAGUUCUGUGGGCUCACUGCCUGAAGUAUGCGACCAGUCCGGUCGCUGUCUAUGCAAAUCAGAAUUCCAGGGUCCUCGGUGUGAACGGUGCCGAUCUGGAUUCCACUCUUACCCCAACUGUCAAGUGUGCACGUGUGACCCCCGCACCUCAUCUGACACCAGUUGCACGGCAUCGGGUCAGUGCCACUGCCGGCCGAACUACAGCGGCGCAUCAUGUAACCAAUGUGCACCCGGUUAUUACGGCUACCCCAGCUGCACACCAUGCCAAUGUUCGACAGAAGGUUCUCGCUACAGCAGCUGUGAUCAGACAACAGGUCAAUGUGUGUGUCUACACAACGUUCAAGGCCUGCACUGUGACAGCUGUGCACGCGACACCUAUGGCUUCCCAAACUGUCAAGCUGGCACAUGCCAUCCUGCUGGUUCCAUUAAUUACGUUGUUCCUCCUCCUGUGGGCCAAUGCGAGUGUCGCGAAGGAGUGGAGGGCGAGGCCUGUGACCGUUGUAAACCUCUGUACUGGAACCUCUCCCCAGAUGUUCUUGAAGGAUGCACGAAGUGCGAGUGCCAUGUCGCUGGCACGCUGAGCGGUGUCGCUGAGUGCGCACAGGAAAGCGGUCAGUGUCACUGCAAGCCAAAUGCCUGUAGCGGCACUUGUGCCACCUGCAAAGAUGGCUUCUACAACCUGCAGGAGCACAGCUACUUUGGCUGCCAGGGCUGUCAGUGCGAUAUUGGAGGCUCUGAGGGCCAGGCCUGUGACGAGCGGAGUGGCCACUGUCGUUGUAGGCCCAAUGUGCACGGACCCAAGUGCAACUUAGCUGCUGCGGAUCAUUAUUUCCCUGACCUUCACCACCUCAAGUUUGAGGUAGAAGAGGGCACAAUGUUGGAUGGCCGGCCAGUGCGCUUCGGUUACGACCCUAUGGAAUUCCCUGGCUUCAGCUGGAGGGGUUAUGCUCAAAUGUCCCUCAUCCAGUCCAAGGUGCUGGUGCCUGUGUGGGUAAGUUCUCCAGACCUGUUUCGGAUGGUGCUGCGAUACACCAACAUGGCGGGUGUGGAAGUCCGAGGUCGCGUGUCAGUGCUGGAGGACCAUGGGAGAAACUUCUGUGCCAACUGUUCCGAGCAGUCUAAGGAGAUUGUCUUCGCCCCCAGCACUGGGCCAGUCUUCGUCAACAUUCCUCAAAACAAUUUUGUAGAACCUUUUGUUCUCAACCCUGGAACUUGGACUGUGCUCAUAGAGGCUGAAGGAAUCCUGCUAGAUUUUUUGGUGCUUUUGCCCAGCGCCUACUAUGAGGCUCCAAUCCUGCAAAUGCAUGUCACAGAGCCUUGCAUGUUCAACUUACAACCAGACGCCAGCCACAACUGUCUCCAAUAUACGUACUUGUCUCUGGACCCCUUCCCCUCCGUGUCGGGCAAUGAUGCCAGUUGUCGCCAUGACAACCAUCUUCCACGCCCCUGCCCCACCGAAAGGGUCACCCAACGCCAUCCUGACAUGGCCGUCUGCAGUGGUUACGAUAUCAGCGUGGAGAUGCAAGUAAAUGUGAAGAAAGAGGACGUUUAUGUGCUGGUAGUGGAGUACGCUAACGUGAAUGAAUUACCACAAACGCUUGCCGUUACCUCCAAUUUGCCAGGAGCCCAGACACGGCAACACAGUGUUACCUUGAUACACUGCACCUUCAGCUUCCUGUGUCGAGCAGUCGUUGUCGAUGAACAGAAGCGUGUCGCACUCUUCUCUCUGUCUGGUGACAUGGAGCUCCAGCUAUCUGCUGAUAGUGCCAACUUUUUUUUGCACAAAAUCUACCUGGUUCCUCAAGAGCACUUCACCAUGGAAUAUGUGGAACCUAAGGUCCUUUGCAUCAGCACUCACGGACACUUCUCCCAGGACAGCUCUUCCUGCAUCCCCUCACGCUUCCAGAUGCCAUCCAACUCACUGGUCCUGAAGGAGGGCCAGAGCUCCAACAUGCAGAAACCCAUCUUGGCCUCCCCUGGUGCUGACUUCCCACUGCCUGGCCCCAAGACGGAACCUUCAGCCUGGGCAGCAACAGAGCGACCACCUCAGGCAGUGGACAAUGGCGACCACAUCAGAUUGGACUCGCAGCAGAAUGCCGCUGUAUACGCUACUCAUGUCCACACACUGGGACGCUAUGUCUUCAUCCUCCACUAUCACCAACCUCUGCACCCCUCUUACCCCAUCCAUGUCUACAUCAAUGGCGGGCGCAUCUGGAAAGGCCAUGUCAACGCCUCCUUCUGUCCACAUGCGUACGGAUGUCGGAAUGUUUUGGUGGCAGAAAACCAGAUCAUCCUAGACGUGAGCGACCACAAUCUCUUCCUCACAGUACAGGUUCCUGCAGAUAAAACACUGUGGCUGGACUACGUGCUGGUGGUGCCUGAAUCCAGCUAUAGCUCCAGAUACCUGAGCGAGGAGCCACUGGACAAAUCCUAUGACUUCAUUAGCAACUGUGGCCAAAACAGCUUCUUCAUCAAUCCGUCCAGUGCCUCCUCCUUCUGUCGCCGUGCUGCCACUUCGCUGUCGGCCUUUGUCAACAAUGGCGCACUACCGUGCGCGUGCCAUGAAGUUGGUGCAGAGAGUGACACCUGCGAGUCUUUUGGUGGCCAGUGCCGCUGCAGGCCCAACGUGAUUGGUCGAGACUGCUCCAUGUGCGCCACGGGGUACUGGGGCUUCCCGAACUGCCGGCCUUGUAAUUGCGGUACUAGACUGUGUGAGCCCAUGUCAGGCGAAUGCAUCUGCCCACCUCGGACCCUGCUCCCGGAGUGCACUGAGUGUGAGCCGCAAACGUUUGGCUGCCAUCCGCUGGUUGGAUGUGAGGCUUGCAACUGUUCUCGCCCCGGAACCGUAACACCUGACGUUAACUGCGACAUGCUCAGCGGACAGUGCAGAUGCAAGAACAAUGUGGUUGGUCGCCAGUGUGACCGCUGUGCAUCUGGAUAUUACGGUUACCCAAAUUGUCAACCAUGUGAUUGUAAUGAGGCAGGAACUGAGGAAGAAGUGUGUAACUCUUUCACAGGACAAUGUCAGUGCAAGGAAAACGUAGAGGGUUCUCGCUGUGACCAGUGCAGAGUUGGUACAUUCCACUUAGACCCAACUAACCCUAAAGGUUGCACCAGCUGCUUCUGCUUCCGUGCCACAGAUCGCUGCAGAAGUUCGGAAAAGAGAUACAGCGAGAUAAUGAACAUGGAAGGCUGGGUGCUACUCAGUGCUGACAAACAAGAAGUGCCAGUCAACGUGUAUCUGGAUCAGGACCUGGUGGAGGCCGACCUUAGUGACAUUCCCGAUGUGUACCAGGACCUUCACUGGCAUGCACCCCAAACCUAUCUCGGAGACAAAGUCUCAUCUUACGGAGGUUACCUGAGGUAUCGCCUUCACACACAGACGAUGAGAGGAGACGUCUGGUCUCUUCACGUUGAGCCACCUAGACCUGAUAUAAUCCUGAAGGGCAACCAGAUGACACUGGUGUUCUUGGAGCGUGAAUAUUCUUCUCCCGAGGAGCCGCAUUUGGGAAUUGUGCAUAUGGUGGAGGGAAGUUUCCGCCACGCUCAGACUGGCAACUCAGUCUCCCGGGAGGAGCUUAUGAUGGUUCUGGUGGCUCUGGAGUCCCUGCAGAUCCGAGCCCUUCAUUCUCAGUCGGCACACUCAGUCUCACUUCGUGGCGCCGUGCUCGAAGGUGCAGAAAGCUUGCCCGCUGGUCGCCAUGCCAACAAUGUGGAGCUCUGCAUGUGUCCUGCCAACUACCUGGGAGACUCUUGUCAGAAAUGUGCUCCGGGUUUCUACAGGGACAGCAUUGGCCUCUUCCUGGGAAAAUGCGUGCCAUGCAACUGUAAUGGACAUUCGGAUCAAUGUAUGGACAUAUCAGGAAUUUGCCUGAACUGCCAACACAACACUGCCGGUGACCAUUGUGAGAAAUGCAAGGGCGGUUUCCUCGGCAACAAUAGUGUGAAUGGCCAGGCGCUGUCAUGUUCCAGUUGUCCAUGCCCACUUCAAGUGCCAUCCAACAAUUUUGCUGUAGGUUGCGUGCAGAAGAAUGAGCGCAUGCAAUGCUUGUGUAUGCCAGGUUACGCCGGGCCACAUUGUGAAAGGUGCGCACCCGGUUACUACGGUAACCCUAUGGUACUGGGAAGUACAUGCCAGCCAUGCAAUUGCCAUGGCAACACGGACCCCAACAUGCUAUUCACAGACUGCCACCCACUGACUGGCGAGUGUCUGAGCUGCAUGCAUAAUACAACCGGGCCUCACUGUGAAGUGUGCGCCCCUGGUUACCACGGUGAUGCCAUCUUUGCCAAAAACUGCACUAAAUGCAGUUGUUCACCAUGUGGCACUGAGUCAUGUGACCCACAUACUGGGCAGUGCCGCUGCAAACCCGGAGUGAGUGGCCCACAAUGUCACCACUGUCAGGAUGGCAUGUUUGGCUUUGAGUCAUGCGCCGGGUGUCGUAUAUGUGACUGUGACGCCUCAGCAGCACUAGUGCAGCCCUGUAACCCUCAGAGCGGCCAGUGUAAGUGUCAACCUGGAGUCAAUGGACCUAACUGUCGCCAGUGUGCUCCCGGAUUCUGGGACUACGGACCUGACGGAUGCAAGCGGUGCGACUGCAGGGGCGGACACUGCGACCCACGAACCGGAGAGUGUCACUGUCGGGAAGGCAUGACGGGAAAGCAGUGUGAAAUCUGCUUGAAUGAACACAACAUUCUUGUCGCGCAUGGUCAAGACCUGCAUUGUGAAGCAUGUGACAGCUGUGUCAUUGUGCUGCUUGAGGCUCUGCACGAGAUCGACUUUGACUCGCUUGCUGCACAGCUGCACAACCUCAACGCCAGCACCAUGGCCUGGACACAGCUGCGCAAGCUCAACGCGUCGUUGGAUGAUGCCGCUCACGUCAUUGACAAGUACAACAGCUCUCUUGCCGAUGGCCGCCAUCACGCCAAGGUACUGGAGGGUGAAAUUGUGAACAUCAGUGCUGACGUGGAUAUGCUGCAGCACAAGAGUGCAACGACGGCGGAGCGAUCCGACAUGCUGGCAAACAGCACAUCUGACACUCACCAAAAGGCGGAAGACCUGUUAACCUCCAUCCACACAUUGACCAUGGAUUUAAAUGACAUCAUGCGACUGGCCAAUGGCUCGCUGAACAACACUGAAAUACUAGAUGUUGACGAGCGGGAGAGAAAGAUGAGAGAGGUGGAAGCCAUGUUGGGCAAGAUGAGGAGCAGAAGCUGCGAGGGACAGAAGGAAACAGCAGACCGAGAGAAGACGGAGGCGGAAAAAUUGUUGGAGCAUGUGCACGAGGGCUUGGCGCGCCGUCAUGAGCACAAUGAGAAUGCGGUCAAAGCCGCAAAUGACUACCUGUCCCGCUUCCACGGCAACAUGAUGGAGCUUCGAGACGCUCUGAAUGAGGCCAUCGACAAGUUGGCCCGGGCUGCCGAGAUCAACAACAGCAAUCAGAAGACGCUGGACGAUAACAAGAGAAGAGUGGAUGAGCUGACAUCCAAACGUGAUGAUGUAGAGGAGCAUGUGGAUAUGGCGGAAGACCUCGUAGUUGAAGUCAAUGAACUGUGGUCCAAGCUGCAUGACUCCAAAGAGGAUUAUGAGCGUUUGGCGGCCCAGCUGGAUGGUGCCAGGACGCCAUUGUCCAAGAAGGUGCAGGACUUCACGUGGGCCGACUCCAAGAUACCCCUAGUGGAGGAAGCUGAGCGGCAUGCUGAUAUGCUCCAUGCUUUGUCCAUGAACUUGUCCAGCUUUGUGGAGGAAACAAAGAGCGAAGGUUUGGUGGACGUGACCAAAGCCUACAACAAGAUCAUCAACGCUAUCAAAGCAGCUGAGAAAGCGGCACACGAGGCAGACGAAGCUGCUACGAAUGCGCUGGAGAACGUGAGGGAGCAGAACCUCCGCCACAUGGCAAACUCACUGAGGAAUCGCAGUGUGGCACUGAAGGAGGAAGUAGAAAACCUCGAUGAGGAACUCAAAAAUGAGUUAAAACCGCAGCUGGAUGACGCUUGGAAGCAAUUGAACGAUAGCAAAACCAAACUAAACCAAGUGGCAACGGAUUUUGAAACGGCCCAGAACAACCUGAACUCCUCCUCAAAUGUCAGUCAAGACAUUGAUGCAGCCAAGCAAGCAAUAAAUCAGGCCAAUGCUUCAGUCUCACAAGUUAACGACGUCCUACGUCCAAUCAGAGAGCAGUUAGACCAAUGGCAGCAGACUUACAGUGACGGCAACACAACCAACCAGGAUGUUAAUGAGGCUCUGAGGGAGGCCAACAAGACAGUGAACAUGCUUGGCGACACUAUCCCCCUCCUCCUGAACAAGCUGGACAAGCUGCACAACCGCUCGGCGCAGAUGCCCAACAUCUCGGAGAACAUCAGCCGCAUCCGACAACUCAUUCAACAGGCGCGCAAUGCUGCUAGCAAGGUGAGCGUUCCUGUAAAGUUCAAUGGUUCAUCGGGCGUUCAGGUGCGCACCCCGUCCAACCUGGCCGACCUAGCGUCUUACACGUCUCUCAAGUUCUUCAUCACAUUGCCUGAAGCGGUGCGCUCCCGCCGGCAGGAUGACAGCACCAAGGAGUUUGUCUUUUACCUCGGCAACAAGGAUUCUACUAAGGAUUUCCUUGGAAUGGCGCUGGAGGGAAAAAGACUGCGCUGGUACUUCAACAUCGGAGGAGAAACGGCACAAGUAUUAAUGUCUGAGGAUGUCAAAUCCAAUGGGAACUUCAACAGUGUGGUUCUCGAGAGGAUCCUACAAUAUGGGCAGAUGUCCAUGUCCUCCGAGGCCUCUGAAGGCGACCAGCACGUCACCAAAGCCUAUGUGGAGGCAGGGGGAGAUCAGGGGCUUCUUAACCUUUUGACCAAUGACACGCUGUUCUACGUGGGGGGCUACCCCAGCACUUUUAAGCCCCCGGCCCCACUGGCCCUGCCCAGCUUCAAAGGCUGCAUAGAGUUAGACACAUUGAAUGAGGAAGUCCUUAGCUUGUACAACUUCGAGAACAUCUUUCAACUGAACACCACAAAGGACAAGCCUUGUGGCAGGUCCAAGCCUACGCUGACACAGGCCUGGGUGAAUGACGCAGCUUAUUUCGAUGGCACCGGCUUUGCGGAGAUCUCCUUCAGUAAUGAGUCGGCACGCAUGCAACGAUUCGAGCAGGAAGUCAAGCUGAUCUCCCAUAAAGGGAUUUUGCUGCUGCUUCAAAACAAAGAUCAGUUCCUGUGUCUGGCCGUGAUCCGGGGCCACCUGAAGGUUUUCUUCCAGUUUGGCGGAGAGAUGGAGGAGUUCCAGCCCAAAGAUCCCACCUCCCCGCUCCUGAGAGUCAGCGAUGCCAAUCCCAAAGUGUUGGAGAUCAUCAUCCUGAGAUCUUCUCCAUAUCGAGUGGUAGUGAGGAGCAAUCGCAUCCAGUUGUUCACCCAUGUUUUUUCUGAGAACAUCCCAGCCUUUGGAGGCACAUACUUUCUGGGAGGAGUUCCUGAGCACAACAUGCCUGACAGGUUGCGGCCCAUAUUUCCACAGCAGGGCUCACUGAAAGGAUGUUUCCGCAAUGUCAAGGCUCAGAACUCCCACAUCGACCUGAAGAGGAUGAAGAGCUCUGGAGUCAGUUUUGGUUGUGACAGUGACCUGCUGGUGGCUCGUGAGGCUCAUUUUUCAGGUCAGAGCUACCUGGACUUGGCGCUGAGCAACGUUCCUGAACUCAGGAGCAAUUUCUAUGCCAGUUUUAGCUUCAGGACUGAACAUAAGGAUGGACUCAUGUUCUUCCAUCACGACAAGGACGGCAUUUGUAAGGUGUUCCUUCAUGAAGGUCAUGUGGUAGUGAGAGCAGGAAACACGGAGGUGAGGACACAGAAGACCUACAAUGACAACAACAGUCACUACGUGGCCAUCUACAACAACAACAACGGAUUGCGCAUGUACAUGGACGAUGUGCUGGAGAAGUCCAAGGAUGGUGUCUUGCUGGACACGAGAGAGCGUAGCUUGACAGCCAGCUUGGAGGGGCACACCUUCUUGGGAGGAAUGCCCGAUCAAGGCCUGAGCAACCUGACGGGCUGCAUUAGUAAUCUCUUCAUCAAGAGGGUGACCAGUCCUCAGAUGGUGGUGAACCUGCUGAAGGCCAGAGACAACAUCAACGUUCCUCUGGACUGUCCUGCCGCCUCCAAGCCCCAGCAGAUUGUUGCCGCACCAUCCAAACACACCAGCAAGUCAAAGGGGAAGAACAAGAAGCCAUCUGGGUCACGCAGUCGCAACACUAGGGAGUCAUGCCAGGGGGUGCUGGUGAAGCCGGAAGUUGGGGCAGUGCAAUUUAGCGGCUCAACGCUAAGCUACCAACGCUAUGACUCAGUUCCUGCUUCACUGAGCUCCAAGCCUCACAUCUCGUUCGCCGUGAGGAUCAAUUCAUCGGAAGGUUUGAUCCUCUACGCGUCGGACGGCGUCCUGACACUGGGUGUGUCAAAGGGUCAUUUGAUCCUUUCGCUGGGCAGGAAGAGGAAGGUCAACCUGCGCAGUCGCACCAAGAUAAAUGACAAGCGAUGGCACACGGUGUUCAUUAAGUGUGGCAUAGACAAAAUCAGCUUGGUCGUGGAUGGCCUCGGCGCUCAGUCUAGGAAGAUUCCUGCUGGUCACCGCAGACACAUCAGCGCACCAUUGUAUGUAGGAGGACUGCCACAACAAUCUCCAAUGUCUGCCACCCCUCCUGGCUUCGUCGGUUGCCUCCGUGACCUGAUGCUGAACGAGAGACCGGCAGGAAGCCCCUCACACAGCCAGGGUGUGGUCCCUUGCUUCCAGAAGCAUCUGCAACCUGGCGCCUUCUUCACAGGCGAGGGAGGACAUGUGGUCUUAGAUGAGCUGCUCGUCCUGGAUGGGAACCUGGAAAUCAGACUGGAAGUGCGUCCACUGUCCGACUCCGGCCUGCUGUUGCAUGCUGGGACAAUGUCCGGCCAGCAUCUGACGUUGACAAUGCACAGGGGAGAGGUGAUUGUGUCCAUGAACAGCGGCAGUAGUGAUGCCUCUUUAUCAUUAGCACCAGAGGAGGCUCUCUGCAAUGGGCGCUGGCACACCAUCGCAGUGAUGAAGAAGAACAACAUCCUCCGGCUCCAUGUGGACGCAGUCAGUCAACGUGGUCCCGGACCCAGACAUGGCCCAUCGGCAGGGACCAGAGAGGCAGUUUACGUGGGAGGACUUCCUGAUGCAGUUGCUGCGUCACCAAGUCUACCUAGCUUCCAUGGGUGCAUCCGCCACGUAAUCAUCAACGGUCGUCCCACCCCCUUCACCAAAGUUCUGUCAGUUAGUGGCAGUGUGGGCACACACGGCUGCCCAGCCGCCUAG